AAUUUGCACCGCGCGCAGUAGAAAACGUAUUUUGAUCAUGAAGUUUUCUUUGUUAUUUCAUUUUAAAUACUGAAUAACGUUGUACAAAAUAUACUGUUAAACUUAGUCGCAUAGAAUAGUCACAAAAUUCAUGGUUUAUCGAUAUUCUGUGCAGAGAAAAAUCGCAAAAUGUAUCAUAACCUCUCAUAAGUAGUUAUUUUUCGGUUACAAUAGAGAAACAUUGGUAAAUCGUGUAAAAAUGCAAAAGUUACAAGACAGUGUUUUUUCUAUUGUCAAAACUACCAAUCUAUCUCCUGCUGUGUUUAGUUACUUGCAGCCGAGUGAAGAUUUUCCGGACAAGACUCCUCUUGGCGGGAUCCUUAGUGACACAAAACAUGGCUGGCUUGCUUUGGGCCCCAAGUUUUGUGUUGUGGAUCUCAGAACUGGCCUGAAAGUAGCUCAGCGGACAUUCGGCGCGUCGCUGAGCAACUUCCGUACUACUGUAACAAGUGUGGUGGAGCUUCCAACACCUCUCACAGAAAACUCGCAGCAAUUACUCAUCAGUUUAGAAUGUGAGGACAUCGCUGGCAUGAUCUGUGUAUUCCACAUCAACGGCUCCCAAAUACUCCGUUGCAUCAGAACUGAAGUUGUGGUCACAGAACUAGCAGUCUGCGAUGGACUUACAGAUGGACCGUUCACAUGUUUCGAUGGUGCUAUUAUGGCUGGCACAAAGACUGGAGAGAUAUUCGUCUUUGACCUCAAUCGGUCAAGCUUAAUUCAAGCUUUGAAGGACAUAUCACAAGGUUAUGAACACAUGAUUCGAGGUGAAGAGAAUUUAUCCAACAUUUCGUUUCUGCCUUUGAAUGCAGUUGACCAAAUAGAGGUCCAAAGAGAUCUGGCCUUAGAGAAUGAUGAUCAUAUAGCUGUACUAUUGAAUGAGAACUCUUUGGUUGACGGGCAGUAUAUAUUUCGUAAUCCAGAUGGCACAGUGCGAAUGAAGGCCAAGAGAGACCAUAUAAGAGUUACUGUGAUACAAUACAUUCCUCAGUUAGGGAGUUUGGUGGUAGGAUUCAAUUUCGGAGCAUUUCAGAUUUGGAAUCUUUUGAAUUUGGAUUUGGAAUUCACGUCUCAAGUCAAUGUUGAGUGCCUGCCAGUGACACAUUUUGGAUUCCAGGAGCCAUGUGACGACCCCAGAGCAUUCUGCUACCUCUGGGUGGUGUUCUCCGUGAUAGACAGGUUUGAUGAGGAGGAGUUUCCCCUGGCUGUCAUGUACUCCCUCACUUAUCAGGGGAAGAGAAUGCUGUCGGAUACCAAGUGCCUUUAUCAGGAAUUCCUAACAGCAACAGUGAGGUUCCAAGUAGAGUUGAGUACAACAGAGGAAGACUCACAGCUGAUUGGCGGUCGCUGCGUGUCCUGCCACACAUACUCUGUCAACUCCAUGCUCGGGGGAGAAGGGGAAGAUAGCAUGUUGAACAUCUGUCAGCUGGUGUGGGAAUGCUGGGGCGAGAAUGCUAACUCCUCUGCCCAGUAUGGAAUGUUGCUGUUUGACUUGGAUCAGUGGUACAAGGAUCAGAUGCCAGCGACGUACCAGCUCCAGAGCAACGCGUUCAUGAGCGCGACCCGUUGCACGGAGCUGGCCCGCGGCGCCACGGCGACCCUGGACGUGAGACUGAUCCCGUCGUCUGUGUCCGUUUACUGCGCCGCCACACGCCUCGAGGAACACUUCUAUCCCAACUGUUUGAGAUACGAUUGCAUAUGCCUCAACACAUCAGAAUCGUGCGUGUUAAGUACAACGGGCAUACAGCGACAGAUCAUCAACUCUUUGGACGAGGUGGGCCCGACGGCGUUGCUCAACCCGACGAGGUUGUACCACGCAUGCGUGCAAACCGGACUGGUUCCCUUGUACAUGGACGCUAUGGGGAAUAUCGACCAGGAGGAUCAGCGCAGAUACCUCCUAUCAGUGGCGUUGGAAGCGAGGCUGUCGAGAUUCCUGAAGCGCUGUGCGCAUGACUGGGCUACCGGCAGCCAUGUUGGCGCGGGCUGCACUCUUACCUUCUUGGUUGAUUGGUGUUGGAAGCGGGCCGUAGACUUGAAAGAGAACGCAAGGGAACUUACUGCGCCUCUCUUCACCUCUUCUGCUUUACCAGAUAGGAACGUAGUGAGAUGUUUGGAUCACUGCGUGCAACAACUGACUCAGCUCACCGGCUUGCUGGACGCCGUGCUUACUAAAUGCUGCAAUCUGGUCGUUCCUGAUGCUCUAAGCGAGAUGGAGGAGAAGUACAAGGGCAUAGGUUGUGUGUCGCUGUACUUCCAAGUGGUGCAGUGGUUCCUGCGAGUGGGACUGCUGCCCGAGCGGCUCGAGGCCUGCGACGCGCUGCCCUACCCCGGCGGAAACCUCGCCGACACCUAUACCAAGAGACGUCUAAAAUUGCACCGCCUCCAAGACCACAACUUGGGCGACGAAAGCGCCGCUAAAACGUCCUGUCCGCUCCUAUACAUCGACCAGCUGAUUGAAAACGAGUUUGGUGGAGAACGGAUUAAUCAAAUGUGGAUGCGGGGCGGCAGUGAAAGCGGUCUAUACCCACCCCCCUCUCUAUACUCCCUGCUUCGUCUGUACUUGUUGCCCGACAUAGCAGAGGAACAUAAACACUCCUUGGUACUUUAUCUACUGGUUGACUACUCUAUGGUUUAUGAUGAAGUUAGGUACGAAGCUGUGAUCAGACGACUGAUGCAGUUCCCAACAAUGUUCGGACUCAGCAACACAGCUAUCAAAGCCACGCAGGCGUUCUGGCACCUCGACCAUAGAGAUUUUGAUUUCGCCCUAGACCAACUACAAUGCCUAACCGGGAACACACUCUCAGAAUGGCAACAUAACGUCGUCCUAUCUUCCCUGCUCGCGCAAAAGAAAACACAAGCGGCAUUACAAUACCUACACGUGAGAAAACCCGCACCAAUUCAGAAUGCAUCCAGCGACAUGAAUAGCUCAAGAAUCAAUGACCAUGACAAAUUGGAGGAUUGGCAGUCGUGUUGUAACUUGUAUCUGGCGAGGGGACUGGUGUUUGAAGCGUUAGAUGUGGUCAGGAUGUGUGUACAGAAUGCAGGGAGCUUAGAAGAUAAAGUGCAGGUCAUGAAUUUCUUCUAUAAAGGCUGCCGCAACAGCGGUCAAUUGUCAAAGCUGCUGCAAGUAACCCUGCUCCCGUUUGAAGAGGAAAUAUUCAUCAGAUACCUUGAGAACUGCAACGAAUCUCAGACCUCCGAUAUAUUGAUCAUGUACUACUUGCAACAAGCUAGGUACCUAGAAGCGGAACAAUACAACAAAAAAAUAAAGCACACAAAGCCGAGGAAAGAGACCGCAGGCUCUUUAGAAUCGAUAGCAGACGUGAUAGACAGAGAGGGGGCUCGCGACAUACUGGUCGAAGUGUUGUGUUCCACGCUGCCCAGUAUUACUAGCACCGUGGCUCACAGCGCGCUGGACAGGGACUUUGACUCCCAUAUUGUGGCGCCAAAACCCAUGUCGGUGUUCAUUCAAGCAAAAUCUCCCAAGAACAAGUUUACCUACAAAUCAACCUUUAUUCAGGAUACGAUAGAUAAUGCAAGUGAAAUCUGGAUAAAUAAGCCCAAAGCCAGGAAAGGACUGAAGCGAGCUCUGAACAUUGAGGAAACACCAUUCAUUUGUACUCCAAAACUGGGACGAACAAAGAACAUAUUCAACUUAGACGAGAGUUCAGAGUCGACGCCACCGAAACGCGCGCGGCUCGACCUCUCCGGCACCCCGAAGACACCUCGUGGUAACGCGCUACGAGUUAGUGCUAAUAUCAGCCGGCAGAUGGCAGAGUUACUCGAUAUGCCUGAAGUACAGAGCCCGGAUAUGAAGCUGUACGAAAGAAGAGGCGCCGAGACACCGCAUAGUAUUCUUAAGAUACGUGCGGACGGGCUGCGCGACGCGGCGUCUCCGGUAGACUCGCGGUACCUGGGCGACAGCGACGAUGAACUGCUCGAGACAGCCAGCAACCACACGCAUUAUAGCGACUCUACUAACAAACAUCUAAGAUUCACAAUCCCAUCGGAAACUGGUUCCACGCCGUCUCCACCGCUCGCUGUUCCUGUUCGUGCGACAGAGAAGGAUCGAUCCAUUUCUAUGAUGAGGGACAAGGACGUCGAUAUGUCUGUCGAUAGUUUCGUUACCACGCAGUCGCAUACUAUUUCAGAACCACAUCCACUGGAAUCGCCACCAAAGAAAAUGGCAGUUGAAGACAAGUUGCUGCGAAGAAAAUCGUAUAAGGAUUCAGUUCGCGCAAGGCGGUCCCUCUCAAUAUCGGCCAACAGCAGUCUAUCGGACGACCCCAACACGUCUAUAGAGAGCAUCGCCGACAUACCAGUGACACUCAUCAACCCGCGAUACUCCGGGGAGAAACGACGCAGCUUCGCUAAGGAGCCGGAGAGCACAGAAUCAGCUACCGAAGACAAACCAAUGGACGUGGAGAAGGAGUUCCUGAAGGUAGAAGCGCCGAAGACUCCUAAGGGCAGGCGGGGGAUUAGAGCAGCGAGUGCUGAAAGCACGCCUCUGAUAAACAGGAGCCGUUCAGGAACUCCGGAAAGGCUAGAUUCGCCGGUGGCUACGACACCACUGCGAUCUGUCAGGAAUACCAGAAGCAGAUCCCGCACUCCAGAAAUAAGCCCGCGGUCGUCCCCAUUGGACACUAUACCAGAACAACCGCGACAAGAGGUGGAGAGCGAGCCACACCCUACCAAGACCACACUCAGCGUGCCUAGGCAGCUUAGGAGCAGAUCCCGUACACCUGAGAGAAUAGAGAAAUUGGUCGAGUCGCCACGACUGGAAGCAAUCAAGGAGUCGCCGACUAAGUCGUCGGAUUCCCCCACCUCCUCGCCUACUCGUAGGAAUUUGAGGAGCCGUUCGCGAACUCCCGAAGUUGAAAUUCCAGUAAAAGUGAACGAGGGCAACCUUAGUCCUCGAACAUUAAGAAGCCGUGCCAAGACUCCAGAAAAACUAAUGUCCCCUAAGAAAGACGUAGCAAAAUCUGCUAAGAAGCCACUAGCAAGACUUGUCUUAGAAGCAAACGCUAUUGCGGCGUCUAAACAGAGCUUAAAAGAAUCGAACGUCGACGAAAAACCUGAAACUGUUAUUGAAUGCACGCCUAUGAAGGCAGUUAAACCCGUUGAUAGUCUUAUGGACGUUACUCUAUCACCGAUAGGUAGCAAAUCUAUACUACACAGCUCGAAUGAUAGCGUUUUAUCAGAAACAGUAAUUAAAGAAACUAAAUCAACAGACGACAGUGUCACUGAAAUAAAAUCAUUACCCGCUUUUACUAUGAAUGAAACUAAAUUUGGUAAAUCCGUGUUGCAUAGUUACGAGAGCUCCGUUGCAGAAAUAACACAUGAAGAAACUAGUACUAAAAUAGACGUAAGCGUGUCUAAAGCUGACUUGAAGUCGCUACCAGCCUUUACUCUGAGCGAAUCUUACUUCGAGAAGUCUGUACUACAUAGCUACCAAAGCAGCGUAGCUGACGAAUCAAGCAUAAGAGAAGAGAAAAUUGAGACGACUCACAAAACUAUAGCACUAAAAGCAUCUCCCGGUUCUACAUCUUUCAAUAUCACUGAUUUAAACAAAUCUGUACUCGGAAGCCAAGAUAACAGCCUAGCUGACAUACAAGAUAAAACCAAAGAUGCGACGUCAAACAGCAAAACUAACGUCUCGAGUCUCAUGACGAGCGACAGUGAAAUAGAAGAUUGGAAAGCUGAAAAGAUACAAUGUCAAGAUGUAAUACAAAAAGAGAAGGAAAAGAUAGUUGAGAUUGAAAGGGAGAUUAAUGAUAUAGAGAAAGAGAUGUCGGAAGAUGAAGAGAGUGGGGAGAGUGACGGCAUGGUGGUAGAUACUGAUGAGAGUGAAUCGGAAGAUGGGGAAGAAGAGGAAAGCGAAGAUAGCUCCGAAGCAGAUGAGGCCGCCUCUGACGACGACGUCAUAUCAAUCGCGGACACAGACUCAGAUGAAUCAUCAUCUAGUUCCAACGUAGCAAAAGCUGACAAACCAACACAUGAGACAGAAGAAAAAAUUGCCGAAGUAAAUAUAGAAGAAGCGAACACAAAUGAAGGAAUAAAAGAUAAAACAAUGGAUAAAGUACAAGAUUCCAUCGAAGCUAGUAUUGAUCCUUUGAACCAAGGUCAGAUAUCUCUGCUAACUGACGACAACUCCAUGCAUUCAAAUAACUCAGUUGAUCUCAACUAUUCUGAUGAAGAAAAGGAUGUUGAAGGGAAUGUGGUUGAAAAAGUAGAAGAGCAGAAUGUUGAAAUAAUUGAACAUCAAAAAGCAGAAGAAGUUAAAGAGCAUAAGGUAGAAAAAAUCGACGACACUAAGGUUGACAAAGUUGAGAAUAAGGUUGAAAAAAUGGAGACAGAAACAACUGAGAUACCAAUCCAAACUCCGGUUGAAGCUCCCGCCACAAAAGAAAUCGAAACGGCGUCAAAAAGUCCCAAACACAUUCCUGAACCUGAGAAACCAAAAGAAAAAACUCCUGAUCUAGUCGAUGUUGUGGACACUGCAGUGUCUACUGAGAAAGUUAUCAGUGAAAAUAAGGGUGCAGACAGCAAGAAAUCUGACAAAAAAGAAGAUGUACUUCCAGAGGCUAAAGAGCUAGAAAGUGAAACUCUUGAAAUAGAUGUCAGAACAAAAACACCAGAAAAAGAAACUAAGGAACAAACUUCUGAAAAAGCAGUAAAACCAGCCAGUCGUACCAAACGCACACGCUCUACGGCAUCCAACAAAUCUACUAAAGAAUUUGAGGAAGAAAAACCUGAAUCGAAAACGCCUAUGACCAGAAAACGCUCUCAAUCUAUCUCAAACAAAUCUAUUACCGACGAACAGAAAACUCCAGAAGAUUCUAAGAAAACUCCUACAAGGCGAGCUAAGACGCCAACUAGUACUGAAGUUAGAAAGAUACUGACGCGUCGCGCUUCGAAAGAAUUGUCGGAAAAGAUGGACGAAUCCCAAACGUCUAUUCUUGAUGAAUCUCUUACUCCUAAAAGACGGUCUACUCGUACUAGGAGCAAGAACAUUGAUGACAACGCGAGUAUAGCUUCAGGAAGUUCAGUUAGGUCUACUAGGAGCAAAGCGAGUGAAGAUGCAGGUGAUGGUAAUGUUAAACCAGGAAGUACAACUAGGAAAGGAAGGAAAACAGUGUUGCCAGUCAAACCGGACCUGUCAGUGAUACCAGAGUCAACAGUUGAAGAGGGCAACCUAAAGGCCAAUCUUAAGGAGGAUGUCAUCGCUGAAUACUCUAGUUCUCGAAGACUAACUCGCCACCAGAAAUCGGUGUUAGAAUCGUGGUUGGAACCUAAGUCGUCGCCUUCGAGCCGACGUCGCGCAAGCACAGCCUCUAGAGCCAGUGCCAUGUCAGAAGCAUCGCAUGAGGAUGACGACGCUUCAUCAACCCACUCCGGGGCUUUCGAUGUCCAACCCAUUGAUAGGAUCAGCUUGCUGAACAAAGGAGAUUUUGAAGGCACGCCUGACUCGUCGGAAAUACAAAGCAAUGUAUCGCCGGAAUCCAUAGCUUCGGACGCUAGCAAGCAGCAACGCAGAUCGCGCACGUCCCGAGCCGCUUCAGAAGCCAAGGCUACGCCAAAAGCUGCCAAGAUUACCAGGAGAGUGUCCGUAGACAUUGCGGGCACUCCGGAGGUGGGCUCGCCUGUACCGGGCAGCCCCGCCCGCGGCCGCCGCGCGUCUUUUAACCGCGCGUGCGAAGCGCUGCACACGCCUAAAGGAAGGCGAACUUCUACUGAUGUUAAGGCUGAGCCGGACAGCCAGCAGGGCGCGGCGCCCGCGGCCGAGGACGCGCCCGCCACGCCGACGCGCCGCCCGCGCCGCACCUCCACACACUCCAAUUCCAGCCAGAAAGCAGACACUAGCAAAAGAACCAGAAAACUGUCUGCCGUAGAAGAAACUAAGGAUACAAAGUAGUGACGUUAACGAAGCAGGCGGCGGGGAACACGACACAUAUCAGCACCCCAAUAGUGGAGCCCACUAAUCCCAACACUAGUUCAAUGUUGGGAAUCAGCAGCGAUAUGAAUAGUGCGACGGCGACGAUAGCUACGGUGAU